AUGUACUUGGAUAACAAGGAUGACAGUAUGGUUUCUAGACAAGAAAUGGAGCUGAAUCGGACCCCUUCACAUCAAACCAGUUUAUCUGCAAGAGUGGCAACCAAACCGGGGACCAGAAGUUGCAAUGAGCUGUGGCUCUUAAAAGAGUAUCAUGGCAUGGUAUCGAGUCUUGGAGAGCCACACACCCCCUGUGAAAAAGCAGCAAUUGAAGAGGAUGGCUGCGUUGCUCUGGGGAAGGAUUUCACUCAAGUCCCCAUGCAGGGAAGAUACCACUUCAAUUUUUCCAAAUUGUUCAGCUCAAGGUCAAGAACCACUUGCUUUACAGAGAAGACACCACUGCUGAAGGUUUCCUCAGAGGAAAAUGGGUUGCCAUGCAUGGGUCUUCAUAACCCAGAUUUUACCACAGAUGAUGAUUCAUGGGACAACAGCUCUGCCGAAUUUGAACAGAGAUUUCAUCUGGGAAGUGAAAUGACCAGUUUGUCUAGAUCUGCUUCUUCUGAGAAAUAUGAAAUCUUGGAUAACCUUCAUGUCAAGUUCAAUUUAACAAAGAUGAGGUGCUGUCUAAAAUUCCUGAAAAUUUCAGUCCUUUUUAUCUUUGUGGUAGUCUGCUCUAUUUUGUUUGGCAUUUACCCAGAUCAACGUGUGUCCUGGCAGAUGUUGGCUGUCUCGCCUCUGGAAAGCUUCUCUAUGAAUUUGACAGACUUUCGUGACUCUGCUCUGUUGAAGUUAGACAUAGGAGGCCCAUUUGCAGCAGAUGUAGCUGACGAACAAACACAAGAAUACAUUUUAGUACAAGUCAGCCAAACUGAAGAAACUGGAUCAAGGAGGAGACGCCAACAGCAGGUGGUAUACAACUGGUCUUUACCCUUAAGUUCAAGAAGAAAUCAGCAAAUCAUCACAACCAGAACCUUUCAGAUACCAAACAGAGGCACCAUCUUCUUAAACAUUCAAGCUCUCCUGCAGCAACCUGGAAGUGUUCCUCUCUCCAUGAAACAUCAAUACCUUCAUGCAAAUGUAGAGGCACAAGUAACAAUUGCAUCCAUCAUCUUAGUAGGCGUCUAUGUGCUGAUCAUACUGGAAAUCGUUCACAGGACUCUUGCAGCGAUGCUAGGCUCUUUGGCAGCUUUGGCUGCAUUAGCUGUUAUUGGGGAGAGGCCGAGUAUGGUCAAAGUGGUAGAGUGGAUUGAUUAUGAGACACUGGCACUACUGUUUGGAAUGAUGGUUUUAGUGGCCAUAUUUUCAGAAACUGGAUUCUUUGAUUACUGUGCAGUAAAGGCUUAUCGAUUCUCUAGAGGCAAGGUGUGGGCCAUGAUUACGCUUCUGUGCCUUAUUGCUGCAAUUCUUUCUGCAUUUUUGGACAACGUUACCACAAUGUUGCUCUUUACUCCAGUAACCAUAAGGCUCUGUGAAGUACUAAAUCUUGAUCCAAGGCAUGUCCUGAUUGCAGAAGUAAUCUUCACAAAUAUUGGGGGGGCUGCCACAGCUGUUGGGGAUCCUCCAAAUGUGAUUAUUGUUUCCAAGCAGGAGCUGAGGAGGCAGGGAUUGGAUUUUGCAGCCUUCACAGGACAUAUGUUUAUUGGAAUCUGCCUUGUUGUUCUGGUUUCCUUUCCUUUUCUUGGACUUCUUUACUGGAACAAAAAACUGUAUAAUAAGGAGCCGAGUGAAAUCGUUGAACUGAAACAUGAGAUCUAUGUUUGGAGGUUGACUGCUCAGCGCAUUAACCCUGCCAGCAGGGAAGAAACUGCCGUGAAAUGCCUCUUGAUGCAGAAGGUGCUGACUCUGGAGAUACUCCUGAGGAAGAAGCUCAGGACUUUCCACAAGCAAAUUUCACAAGAAGAUAAAAACUGGGAAACAAAUAUUCAGGAACUCCAGAAAAAACACAGAAUAACAGACAAAAUCCUUCUCGUCAAAUGCCUUACUGUGCUGGGAUGUGUUAUUCUGAUGUUUUUUCUCAACUCAUUUGUUGCAGGUGUCUACUUAGAUCUUGGCUGGAUUGCCAUUUUGGGAGCCAUUUGGCUGCUAGUGCUAGCAGACAUCCAUGAUUUUGAGAUGAUAUUAAGCAGAGUGGAAUGGGCAACCCUUCUUUUCUUUGCGGCAUUAUUUGUUCUCAUGGAGGCUUUGGCUCAUCUGCAUUUAAUAGACUACAUAGGAGAACAGACAGCUUUGCUAAUAAAGGUGGUUCCUGAGGACCAGCGCUUGGCAGUGGCCAUCAUUUUAGUGCUCUGGGUAUCUGCUUUGGCCUCGUCUGUGAUUGACAAUAUCCCAUUUACAGCUACAAUGAUUCCUGUUCUUCUCAAUCUGAGUAAAGAUCCUGAUGUUAACUUGCCUAUUAAACCAUUAAUAUUCUCGUUGGCCAUGGGUGCAUGCCUAGGAGGCAAUGGAACACUGAUUGGAGCAUCUGCAAACGUUGUUUGUGCAGGAAUUGCUGAACAGCAUGGCUAUGGCUUCUCCUUCAUGGAAUUCUUCAGGUUAGGUUUCCCCAUGAUGAUCGUGUCCUGUACCAUUGGGAUGUGCUAUCUUCUUGUUGCUCAUGUUGUAGUAGGUUGGAAUUCAUAA